UUGUACUCGCGUUACAAAGUUGAGAAGUUAGAUUGUUCAAUUCUGAUUGUUCUUCCACCUUAUCAAAAUGGUGCGAGUUCUUUUGUUUCACUACUUUAAAUCUCAAAGAGUUUUCUUCGAUUCCUUCCAACCAACAUCCAUCACUUCAACAAAAGACUAUCUGUUUCUUGCAACGGGAGAAAUGAAAGUGUUGGUUUACUCGCUCGAGCUGCCGAAUUUCCCUCUGUUUUGCCAGUUUCCUACCAUUUCCAAACCUGUAACUUUGAUCUGCAACGAGAGAGCAAAAUGCGUUUUGACUAUCGAAAGGAAAACGGAGAGACGAAGAUCACGUCGAACUGCGUCGACUCAUUCCCGAGCGUACUUCAACUGGUUCAAAGCUAAUCUAGAGGAACCCGUACGCACGUAUGUGGCAGGGCAUUCUCUAAAACAAAGCCAGGAGGCUGAGGAAGCUGCAAAGGCAUUUCUUGCCCUAGAAAUUCCAACUCAAUUUAAUGUUAGUGAUAUUUGUUGUUGUCCUACAAGCGGUAAUGUUGCUAUUGCUGGUGAGACCAGAGUCAGCUUGUUUAGGUGGAACAGAUAUCCGCAAUCUGACGGAUUCAAUACUGGUACAUUGUCAUGUGACCUAGAACACUUCUUAGACAUUGAGCCAAGUAUGUCUAUAAAAGGCCUGGCAUUGAGUGAUUCAUAUUUAGCCCUAAGAUCAAAUUUAGAUGUGCAAGUCAUCAAGCUGGUUUUCAUGUUGGAGCGAGAGUCCAUGCCCCCAAGUGGAAGAGGAAAGCUGUCCAGCCACAGUGCAACUUUGCAAAAUAGGUAUGCCUUAAAACAGCAGUCUAUCACCUUCCUACUCCCCUCCCCACCCUGACACAUACUUUUGCUAUUCAACAAACUGCCUACAUGUGUAUCUUGAGAUCAGGUCACUUGUUGUUGAAACCAUGAAAUGAAAAUUAUCUCCCCCCCCCCCACCACCCCACCCCCUUGAUGAACAGGUGGCACUUAGAAACCCUGCACCUAAGUCUCGCAACACCUCCUACAACCUUUUAAUUUACAUCUAAAUUUGAACCUCCGGUAAGCCACCACCAAAAGUGUCAAAAAUGGUAGUUCAUUACGAGAGAGGUUGUUUCUUACUAUAGUCAUAAUGGAUCAUAAUGCUUUGACUGGGAAAACUGGAAAAUGGUAGGGAUCAAACCAGCGGGAGUCUAUUUUGAGGAGGUGUUCUUUUAGCAGUCUGGCAGUAAGAGGGAAUUGACUGUGUAAUUUAUGGAUGGAACUAUUUCCUUGUUGACAGGGCAACAACAUCUGGACAUGUAGAUCAAACCCAGGACUAUAAUCAAGCUAAUGAUGACGACUGUACGUUGUGGUCAUUUGAUGAUUGUUCGCUAUUAUUCGUUUCAUCUAAACAACCCUCUGUGAAGUCACCAGAUCAAGAUUUUAUGUUUCCAACCAUAAGAAAGGAAAAGGUGUUUAAAGACUGCUUACCAGAAUGUAAAGAAGUACUGGGGCCAGUUUCAGAUGUACCUGGGCACCCUGUGACUGUGGUAUUUGGUGGGCUCUUUGGUAUUGGUAUUGCUGUGGAUAGACCCAUGUUAAAGGUGAAAGGAGUAACCAUGCUGUAUCGACGGUUCAGAGCUGAGCAGCUAAGUAAUGAUGGCAAUGAUGCAGCAACUCUUCACACUUUGCAGCUUCUCCCAACAUAUACACAAGGUGAGUUUUGUCUUUUUGUACUUUGGCAGGGCUGUCAAUGAAGGUCAACUCUCCAAAGAAAAUCCCUCGCCUCUUUUCUCUUUUGCACACUUAUGCUACUACUUUGAAACUCCUAAGAGAGUAAGAUGUCAUUGUCUAGGUUAGUGAAGCCCUGAGCGGGACUGUUGUUGACAGUGAGUUAACAUUUUGAAAACCUGUGCAGGCGUUACCAUCUGCUGACAAAUCAGAACUGGCUUUGAGUGACAAUGACUGACGUUUGCAAAGGUUGUCCCAAUGUCAGUCAAUGUCAACAACAGUCCCAUCAACUCCUUAUGACAUGAUUCCCCCAGGGGAAGGGGCACUCCCUUAUAUAAGCCAAUGGACAUGUGCCGGUUUAAAGGGUAGGUUGUUUUCACCCUUUUGGUCCGAAAACAAACAUAGACUUUGCCCCUUUUGGUCUGGAAUUGGUUAUGGUUUUUGAGGGAACUGCACCUGCACCUAUCCCAUAGUCAUGGUGACCAUUGGGGCACCAUGGACAUAGCAACCCUCUCCCUCCAUUUGAUUUUGUUUUCAGCUUCUCUUAGGGCGUUGCAAAACUUCAACCCUGUCCACUCAGAGACAUUAUUCUCCCAAAUGAAUGCUUCUUUUGUCGGCCCCUUCUUCUCCCUCCUUGCACUGUUCCUUGAACUGUGAGGGAACUACAAGAGUGUAUGUAUCAUCAUGAUAUCGUUUAAAUUUCAAAUGAAUAAGAAAGAAAGAGAAAUAUAAAAAUCCAAAAUGGGUUUCAAGAAAUCUAUUUUGUUGCCAUUUUAAUUUACAUGUAUUGCUAAGUAAUGACGACAUAAUUUCUUAGAGGCCACGCAGUGUUCUCAACAGGCCGCGGCCUUGCAGGAUUCCCGCAAGAAGAACUGAAAUGGUGCAUUAAAACCAAGAAGAUGCGCCCGUUAGGGUGCUGGGGCAAGCUACGAGUCAAACGGACUUAAGUAGUUUUAAUGGUCAACCUAACACUAAAACAUUCUGUUUGUUUGAAUAAAUAAAGAACAUGAUAUCAAAUGAGCCAAAGUCUGUAAUUUUGUUGCCUUUACUUUCAUUGGUCCCACGCACGUCCCACUACAUCGUAAACUCCUCCUCCGAAUCGUAAACACCUCUUCCGCCAUAUUGGAUCAGGUAGGUACUUCAUGUGACAGACAAUUUGGAGUGCGGGCUCAGGUUCUUCGUACCGUGUGUUUUUUGUAACUUUGUCCCCCUAAUGUUCUUACAGGGCCCCUAUUUCUCAGAAGAGGGGGCCCUGGGACUCCCCAAGGCAAAAUCCUGGUGAGAACACUGGGCCACUUCAGAAACUUGUAUUGAGUUAAUAGAGGCCAUUUCUGAAAACAGGUGUGAAAAAUGACAUUUUUGGCACUGAAAUAGGGUCAUGAUUUGUAUAACCAGGCGGCACACCCCCACCAAGAAUUCCCACGAGUACCCCCCACCACCAGCCCCCCUGGGAUAAAUCCUAUGUUCUUAAGCUUUUCCAAAAAUUAAGUUUUAAUUUUUCCUGUUAUCUAAAUUUGGGUGGACUAGCUUGUACAUUGUAUGGUUCUACUGUUCCCUAUUAGUCCUUCCCCACUGCUGUCUUGUGUUUGAUUCAUUAUUGUAUGCAGUGAAAAUGGAUUAAAUUAAAUUAAAUUAAAUUAAAAAUUAAGAGAAGGUUGGGGGUGCAAAACAUGUAUUUAAAUUUACUACAUUUUUUUGUAUAUUAUUUAAAAAUAUGCAAUUCAGUACAAGACGUGUUUGAUAAUACACCUUGACAAAAUGCAUGAGACUCUUAGAAAGGCCAAGCUAUAGUUUGCUUCUUAACUGACACCAGUAUUUUAAUAUUAUUUUUCAGGGAUUCCUCAUAUAAAGGAAUUGCAGAAAUCUCCACUAGUAUCAAAAAGUCCUUCAGAUCCCACACUGUGUGGGAUGUGUUGCCUCAUCUCGGGACCUAAAGAAGGAUUUCUCUAUGAUGUUUUUGGCUCCUGUAAGCUGCUCUCUUAUUACAAGUAUACAUGCGAUACAAUCAGUGUAUCAGCGUGCAGUGGUCUGCUACAUGCAAUAACCCGACAGGGAAUUGAGACGUACACUGUGAGGAUGUAUGCUGCGGCUUCUGAUUGGGUUAGAGGAAAUGCAGUUGUUGACGUUAAACUUGAUCAACGGCACAGCUCUCUAGAUCAGUUGGAAGUCACAGUUAACAUGAUGAAAAGGACUGAAGAAAACUGUCAAGACUUGCGAGGUAAAAGUGAUGUGGAGUUUUUGGUUGGUAGCUGUGAUGAGGCUACAUUAAACACCAGCUCUGUUGCUGUUUUCCCAAAAAGUGUUGAACCAACAAGAGAGGUGUGUAAGACAAAUGGACAUGUAGACCAAGAGGAACCUCAGAAUACUGCUGCCUUCGGUGUAACUGAUCUACCCUCUUCAGCAAGUGGCUCAAACACCAGCUCUAUUGCCGUCUCCUCCAAAAUUGUUGAACCAGCAAGUGUAAUUUGCAAGACAAAUGGACAUAUUGACCAAGAGGAACAUCAAAGUAAUGCUGCAGACAUUUUAACUGAUGAUCUACCCUCAUCAACAAGUGACUCAAACAUCUCUGUUGCCAUCUCCUUCAAAAGGGUUGAAGAAACAAGUGUAGUUUGCAAGACAAAUGGACAUGUUGACCCAGAGGAACCUCAAAAUACUGCCACAAACAUUGUAACUGAUGAUCUACCCUCAUCAGCAAGUGACUCAAACAUCAGCUCUGUUGCUGUCUUCCCGAAAAGUGUUGAACCAAUAAGUGUAUCGUGCAAGACAGAUGAACGUGUUGACCUAGAGGAAAAUGAAAAAACUGCCACAGGCACUGUUAAUGAUGAUCUACCCUUAUCAGAAAGUGACUCUAAUGUUUCAGACUUUGAGUCUGUAGAUUCAACUUCUUGUAACAACUCAAAACCACCUGAAAUGGAAAUUUCUAAAGAGCUGUUGCCAAGCGAUUCGCCUUCAGAUGUCACACUUACUGUUGACAACUCAGGAAGAACACUUGUUAGAUUCACUUCAAGAAGCAGGACCCCAUCGCCUGCAUUAGCAAUGAAAGAGGGUCAAAAUGACAGUGAAAGUAGUACAGAGAAUGAGACAGUUCAGAGCACAAGAACAUUUGCUUCAGCGAGCUUGGGUCUCAGUGGUAGUUCUGGUACUAAACUGAGUGAAACAGCUUAUUUUGCUGCUAUGAAUAAACUUACCAAUGAUAGUGGAUGGACUUUGCCAGUUUUUGAUCUAGAGAGUUUGCGACAGGUAGGUUAAAUAUGUAGUGUUCGGAUAUAGGGUUGCAAGCUAGCAGCUUCUGGGGCCCCUGGCGCGUGACUUUUUCUCUUGGGUGACUAGGAAAUCUUCAGCUUUUUCAUUGAUAGAAAUCCUAUGCUGGGCACACUGGAUUUCAUAUGUUCAGAGCACUGGGCUCCCUUCAAUUUUUCUCUAGGUUUUGCGAACUGACAAUUUGACCCCAUGAUCUUGGUGCAUUUGUGAUGAGACCCACAGUAUCUUUCUCAUGACCUUAUUUCUGCCUCUGAGCCUUUUAUGUUUGCCGUCAAUGUCUAAGAUUUUUAAACAAGGGUCUUGAUGUCUUGGCAAGUCUCAGAUUUUACCAUUUUCUACCAUUUUCUGUUCAUCAUUGCUGCAUGGUCCAUCAGUUCAUGUUAAUAGUAUUGUCAAGGAUUGGGAUUUGAGUUCACACAUUCAACUUUUACAAUCCAGACUGAAAUAAGGAUUUUAUUAUUUUAUUCGAGGUGAACAGAGGGAAAACAACUUUUGUUCUGAACUGUCAGAAGGGUCUUUAUGAGGGUUUUGCAGCAGGAUUCUUCCAACUAAGCUUGUCUGUUUUAUUUUUCUUCAGAGAUGCCCUCCAUCAUCUCUUGACAUCUGUUUGAUUGGCAUGUACCCAUUUGCUGGUUCUCAGUAUGUGUUGGCUACUGAAGAACGUGUUGUGCUGUUAACAAGAGCUUCACACGAUGCCUUGCAAAGAAGCAAAAGGUGAUAAGUGGUAAAACAUGUUUUUUUUAAGGACAAUAAGGCCUGGUUCACAUGCCGAAGUUUUCAUGAGCUGAACCUAAUACAUUGAAUUAAGUACAUGAAAAGUUUGGCAUCUGAAUCAAUUAGGAACGCCUGUUUCAAUUUGGAACAGCUCAGCCAUUCUUUUCACCUAACCCGGCUGGGAAUUUUGCCUUUGGAGCAACUUUGGAAUGGCUUUGAUUCAGACGCCAAAAUUUUCAUGUACUGAACCUAAUGCACAAAUUAUUAUAACGUAUUUGUAAGUAGUUUGACCAAAAUGACCAUUUUUUUCCUUUUGAAUUUAGUUCGCCUGGAAUUAAGAUCGGCGUCCGAAUCAAUUCAGCCGGUCUAAAUAAUUUGGGUCAGCCUUAAUUCGAAUUAGGUUCAGCUCAUGAAAAGUUCGGCGUCUGAACCGGACCUAAGGCUCGGCGAAAACUUAAAUUCUAGCUUGUCCUUCUUGCAAGCAGCCCUCAUAUUGGGCCACUUCUUCCUGCACCCUUGCCCCCUUGCCCACUGGGCAAGUAAGCUAAGUUACUAACUUGCCCAGCAAGAAAAUCCACUUGUCCCAGUACCCUGACGGAAUUAUUUUAUAACCCUGGACAAGUUUAUCCAAAAAAAUGGGAGACGUUGUGCAGAGGAUUUCAUAUAAAAUAGCAUGAAGAAUAACCCUCUUAGUAUAGGAGCUCAAAAUGUUAAAACCUGCGAGCAAGCUCUGCAUCUGGGGAAGUUGUGAGAAGUCAUGCGUGAGUGGCACAGAAAAGGGCAGGGAAAGAAAAGGAAUAGUUUGCCCUCACGGUUCUCUUGUGGCUCCCUUCUUUCACCAGAAAUAAAGAGUUUGCUCACAGACUAAAAAUGUUAACACUUUUUUCCUUACUCUCCUGUUUCUUGAAUUUUCAAGUUUUAGAAGUAGGCUACCAAAGCCUCAACAGGAACAAGGAGACAGCAGUAAACCAGACUGGACAGUGUAUGUUUUGCAGAACAUGGAAUCAACACAACUGUACAAAGCUGUGGUAUGUGAUGUCCUUGAAGAUGUUUGGAUGUUUUGUCCACAGUAGAUGUGGAAGCAAAUUACUCACACCUUGUGAGGUAAUCGGGAUUCUGAAAUCAGGGAAAUUUUUGCUUGUGGAAUAUGAUAUUCUGGGCUUUCAAAUCUGUAAUCUACUUUAACUCGAGGAAUCUGGAGUCCUGCUUUAAAAGGAAUCUGGAAUGUAGUACCUAGAUUCUGGAAUCCACAGUGUAGGACUGUCUUAGAUUACCUUGUAUGGGGUGAAAUGAUGUUGAUAAUACUUUUCACAUUUUGCAGAUGCCAUUAGCAAGCCGAUGUCAGAAGCACAAUUCACAGGCAUACCAACAUCUUGUUUGUGAGCAGCACAUGUUUCUAAGAAACCUUUGUUUGGCUAGUGUGACUGGCCAAGAGGACAAAAAGAGAAAGAAAAUAAAGAAAUUGCUGUGUGAGUCUGCUGCAAAUCUGGCAGAUUUAUAUGCAAGGUAAGUGUAAAUGUUAUUACUGUAGUUCAAAAUUCAGAUUAAAAUUUUUUUAACCCUGGUUGAUUCUCAAUUUCCUUUGUCUCUGAGGCCCAACUAUUGAUAAAUUAGAGUUAGGAGUACCCAUGGGUGCCAGAGACUUUUCAUGCAUGGUUUCUGGUUUUGGUCAAGUCUGUGUAGUGACCAGUGCUAAAGUAUUUCGCCUGACCUCGACACUCACUGCUUCAUCCUUUGACGAAAGAUCUGUCAGCAGCAUCCACCAGCACUAGAGAAAGCCUGGUUAGCUCAGUUGGGAGAGCGCCGGUCUACUGAGCGGGAGGUCGCGGGUUCAAACCCCGGCCGGACCAACACUCAGGGUCUUUAAAUAACUGAGGAGAAAGUGCUGCCUUUGUAAUAAUAUCUGCAAACGGCUAGACUUUCUAGUCUUCUCGGAUAAGGACGAUAAACCGUAGGCCCCGUCUCACAAGCCCUUGCACAUGUAUUAAAUCUGUGGGACGUUAAAGAACCCACACACUCUUCGUAAAGAGUAGGGCACGUAGUGCCCGGUGUAGUGGCCUAUCUCACUUUCACACUCAUGUAUGGGGGCAUCAUUACUCAUUCCUUCACUACUUGUAAACUGCGCCUUAAGCAGUCUGGCAAAGUCCCCCAACCAGUGUUGUAAAUUAUCCCUGAAAAGCCCUGAGGGGAGUGGAUAAUAAGAUAUUUACAAUUUACAAUUUACAAAGAAACCUCUGGUACACAGGUUAGGCUAGGAGACGAAGAAAAUUGAGAAUCAACCAAAGGUAAAAAUUUAAUUCUUACCUAAAACUUAAAAUAUUAAAUCCACCUAUAGCUAAUCUUGCUACAGCUGUAUACAUGUAUAAAACUUUAAACAGUCUUUUAAAAAUGGCUAACAUUUGGCAGUGUGCUUCAGUCCCAACAAGCAUCUUUGAUGCCUUAAAAUUUUUGUUUUUGUUUUCAGGAUACCCAGUGUCUACCACGAUAGUGCAGAUUACUUCAACAUGACUGGCCUCUCGCUGCGAGACAUUGUCAACAGGGCGUACCAUAAGUCUGGCCAGACUACAGUGGCUGAGGGUUUAAUCCACUUCCUAGAUGAAAAACUGCUGGGGUCUGAUGAACCUGUUCCUGUAUCUGAGGUAAGAUGCCGAGUUUUACAUGUAUUUGAGGAUUACGAAUCAUUUUGCAACAAAGCAAAAGAUUUGACAUGCAGACGUAAUGAAAUUUCGGCGGCACUGCAGAACUUUAAAGAGGAGGAGUAGUUACGUCACGUUGUCAUGGUAGCAAAAUUUCUGGAUCACAGAUCCCAGAUCCAGAAAUUUUGCUACUAUGGUAACGUGACGUCACACUUCUCCUCUUGGGGACCCUCUAGUAGCGGGUUCCCAGAAAAGGGCUAAUUGGUCUUGCAUAAUAUUUUUUAGGAGCAACAAAGUUAUGGGUUAAAGCUGUUUAUAGAAAACUCUUAGACUUAUUUCAUUCUUUUUUCAGAACACAGCCAAGAAAAUCUUCAAGUUGUACUCAAAAGGGAAACCUGAACGUGUUGCAGAGAUAAUUCUUGUGUCAUCUCUUAGUGGCUUUUCCUCAGGUAUGGUUCGAUCAGUCCAGCUAUACGAACGCAGACCUAUUUCCGGUCGUCACUUCUCGAAGACCGGAAAUACGUCCAGGCCAGAUCUGUCCAGCUCGGAACUGAAGAACGUUUUUCACAUUUCUAACUUUUUAUAGUAUUUCACUGAUUCUUCUCUGUUGUUAACCUUUUGUUUCUGUUAAGACACCGCAUUAUCUGCGUUGGAAGAUCUGAAGAAGGCGAAAUUCGCUGAUGGAGGUGUGUACAGGUUAGUGAAAGCUGUUUAGUCGGUUAUUUGUCUAUUUGUGAGUUUCAUUUCUUUGGAAACAGUUUUUGAUUUGAGUUAUUUUGUUUUAGCCUUUCCCCACUGGAUAACCUUGUGCGAGCAGUUUUGUAUCUUCAUCAAUGUGAACCUGAUCACGCGCAGGCAGCCCUAUUUUCCAUCCCUAAGGUACCUGUAAUACUUUGCUCUAAUUUCUUUUUUUUAACAGAUCCGAGUACAGUCAAAGUUCUCGUGAGCAGUUCAUUAAAAUGGUUCAGCUGUGGCAUUUAGCUUGUCACCCGGUGCUUUCGCGGGAAAAAGAGCGAACAACGGAGCGAGCGCGAUGAAAGAGGCGAAUCAAGCGGGGGAUUGAGGACGCGGCUGUGGCGAAACUCAUGCGACAUUUUUCUGGCGUUUGGCUGUUAAAAAAGUUUUUUCACCUUGGUUGGACACUUUCCCUUAAAAAACCUGUAUUUAACUACCCGUGUGUGAUUAUGUAAGAUUUUGCUGUCUAGUUCUUGGGGCUCUACAAAACUGCUUGCGGUUAAUAAGUCAUGACAUUUUUUUCAUGCAGAAAAAGCUCGUGGAAGUCGUGACUACACAUUAUUACCUGUUACACGAGGAUGGAACACAUUUUACACCGCUGGCACAGGUGUGUAGUAUUAUUUCAAUCAUCAUGUGUCCUCUUCAAAGUAUUGGUUCUCAGCGUUUGUUGAGACAGGACUCCUUAAAUUGGGAACGUCAAAUGAUCGUUAAUUUUUAACAUGAGCUGGAGUGUGACAAUUGCCUUAAAUCUUGUGUUCCUGGCCAUGACUAGCGGGAAACUUGGAGGGAUGUGUCGCUGCGGUAAUUAGGGACUUUUCAACAGGUAGCAAAAAAAGUACGAAAAUCCAAAGAUGACGGUCAUUGGUGACCAACGCAAGCAACACAAGAGCGGCCAAAAAGAUUACAAACGACCAAAAAAAAAUGACCAAAAGACGAAC